AAGCUGUGGCUCGAAGAAAUCGCAUAGCAUCAAUUCGACUGCCUUCUGAUUUGUGUCCAUGGCUCGUGCUUUGUGCGUUGGACUUGGGCUGUGGGCAGCAUCAGGCCUGGAGGUACACCCCGAGCGGGCGGCGCUGUUGUCGGAGCUCCAGCAAGCUCCCGGCCUGACCUGGACCCCGGGCAUCGUUGAGCGCUUCGCGGCGGAGAAACCGGGCAGCUCGCGCAUCUACGGCGUCAAGGGAAACGUCUCGGAGGCCAUCCAAUCCGCCAUUCAGCGUGGUGAGAUUGAGCGUGUCCUUUUCGUGGACGAUGCCACCCUUCCGGACAACUUCGACUCGGCCGAGCAGUGGCCCGAAUGCUCAAAGAUCAUCAAUGACAUCCGUGACCAAUCGAACUGUGGGUGCUGCUGGGCUUUCGCAGGUGCUGAGGCGGCCUCCGACCGAAUGUGCAUUGCCACCAAGGGCAAGACCAUGGUGCCCAUCAGUGCGCAGGAUGUGUGCUUCAACGCCAACCCUGAUGGCUGCGAUGGUGGCAUGAUUGACAGGCCCUGGAGCUACAUCAAAUCCACGGGUGCUGUGAGCGGUGGGCAGUACCAGGGCACUGGUCCUUUUGGAAAAGGCCUUUGCAGCGACUUCUCGUUGCCACAUUGCCACCAUCAUGGCCCACAGGGAAAGGAUCCCUACCCUGCGGAGGGCAAGCCCGGCUGCCCCUCUGAGUCCUCGCCCGCUGGCCCUACCAAGUGUGAUGCCACAGCCAAGGCUCCUCACAACGACUUCAAGCAGGACAAGUACAGCUACAAGGGGAAGACCCAGACAACUUCAGGUGAGAAGGCCAUCCAACAGAUGAUCAUGCAGGGUGGUCCCGUCGAGACUGCCUUCACCGUCUACUCUGACUUCGAGCUGUACACCCACGGCAUCUAUCACCACGUCUCAGGAUCUGAGGCUGGUGGCCAUGCUGUGCGCAUGGUGGGCUGGGGAGUGGACAAUGGGGUGAAGUACUGGAAGAUCGCCAACUCCUGGAAUCCAUACUGGGGAGAGAAGGGCUUCUUCCGCAUCCGUCGUGGCACCAAUGAAGGCGGUAUUGAGGAUCAGGUGGUGGGCUCUUCUCCUGAUGCUACGUGGGCCCACGGCAAGAGCACAGAGAUCGUGGUCUGAGCGAGAGCUACAGCGAACUUGUGGGCGAGUUGGGUGGUUGACUAAACUUGCUCAUGACUCCUGACAGCUACAGUGCUAGAGUUUGAUCUGAUGCACUGAGAACCUUUGAAAAGAGGCGUUGGUCAAAGAUAAUCGACAAGCAGCAUUGAGGUUGAUGCGACUUCUUGCUACACAAGCAUGACUUUUCGAUCCUGUGUUUUUUCUCUCGGCUGCUGUCGCAUUCCACGACC